UAGCAGGUAGCCAAGUCCCUUUGGAAAACGUAACGAUUAAAAAAGAGAGAGAGAGAGGGAAAAAAAUGUACGCCAUAAUCAAUGCAUUUCUCCGCUGUCUCUGUUUUCUCUUGCCUCCCUCCUGGCUUCAGCACGGUUUUUGCUUGUGGGUUGGGGAUGAGUGCGGAAAGACGGCAUGGCCCAAUCCCAGAGCUCGUUUCAAAGGGACAAAGCCUCUUACAGAUCAGGAAGUAAGAACGCAAGAUGCCUCCACCUCCUCCGCUUCCCUUACUCCGAGUUGCGUCUCGCUAGCUGCUAGCCCCUCUCCGCCCCAGGGGUCUCCGUGGGGCACAGUCUGGGAGCUGUGGCAAGCUGUGGAGCGCAACUUUAGGGUUCCCUUCGCCAUCCAACAGCGCUGGUGCCAAAGGCGUCGGUUUUUAUACGCUCCAUAUCCUGUCGCCAGCGAUUCGAGCGCUGCGAGAAAGAGGAACAGCGAGGAAACGGCCACUGUAGUUGAAAGCGAGCUGGGUGUAAUCGGCUCUGGGGAGCGAGAGAUCAAGCUGGAAACCCGAGCUUUCGUUCCUGGCAGCAUGAGCACGGCGACCGAGCUGCUGAGCUCCGACGAACCAGUGUCAGAUUCGGCAGGUCCGGCAGCAGGUGGCUCGGUCGUGGAUCGACAGGUGCCGGAGAUGGGGACCCAAGUAACGAUAACCGUGGCCAUUCAGGCUGCGGAGGACGAGGAGCCUUUGGAAGUGCUUCCUUCGAGCCACCUAGAUUUCCACGGGGGCAGCUGUAGCGAAGACGACAUCGGACGGCAGGAGAAAUCCAGUGGUGCAGGCACCAGUGGAGGGGAGCUGGAAGAGGAGAGCUGGCAGCCCCCUGACCCGGAGCUGACGCAGAAGCUGGUGGCGCAGAUUGAGUACUACCUGUCUGACGAGAACCUGGAGCGUGAUGCCUUCCUGCUCAAACACGUCCGCCGCAACAAGAUGGGAUUCGUCAGUGUCAAGCUGCUCACCUCCUUCAAGAAGGUGAAGCACCUGACGCGAGACUGGCGGACCACUGCGUACGCGCUGAGGCAGUCGACGCUGCUGGAGCUGAAUGAGGAGGGGCGCAAGGUGCGCCGACGCACGCUGGUGCCCGUGUUCCCGAGCGAGAGCCAGCCCAGCCGCAUGCUGCUGCUCAGCGACCUGCAGCACUGGCCCGAGCUGGGUGUGGUGCUAAAGGGCGGGGCUGGGGAUGCGGGGGCGGAGCCGGAGGGUGGGGGCGGGGCCGGCGAUGGCAGCAACGGGGGCGGGGCUGCCCAGCAGGAGCGCCUCAUGGAGCUGCUGCUAAAGGCCUUCGGGGCGUACGGCCCCAUCGCCUCCGUGAGGGUGCUGAAGCCGGGGAAGGACCUGCCACCCGACCUGAAGAGGCUGAGCGGCCGCUACGCCCAGCUGGGGGCUGAGGAGUGUGCCAUCGUGGAGUUCGAGGAGGUGGAAGCCGCCAUCAAAGCCCACGAGGCCACGGUGGGCGAGGCGGAGGGCCGAGGCCCCCGGGGCCUGAAGGUGGUCCUGAUCGGGAUGAAGCCACCCAAGAAGAAGGUGCCCAAGGAGCGGCCGCGGGAAGAGAGCGGCAUGCGCAAGAGCCGCUCCCUCAACUGCCGUGUGCGCGAGCUGCAGUACCUGGGGGACGACUCGGCCUGCAGCUCCUCGGAGACGGAGAGCAACCCCACCUCGCCCCGGCUGUCCCGCAAGUCCAAGUCCGCCAACAAGCUGAGCCCCACCGGCGGGGGCGCCACCGCCUACCAGCAGAACAACCACCUGAGCCCCACCGUCUCGCCGCGCUCCAGCCCCUGGUCCAGCCCCUGCCCCCAGCGCAAGUCCCCGCACUCCCCGCAGAAGUCCCCCCUGGCCAGCGAGGGGAGGCUGAGCCCGGAGGCCGGCCGCCGCUGGGCGGACUACUCCUCGGACAGCAGCCUGACGCCCUCGGGCAGCCCCUGGGUGCAGCGGCGGCGCCAGGUGGCCUCUCAGGAGAGCAGCCCGGUGGGUAGCCCCAUGCUGGGGCGGAAGAUCCAGAACGCAGACGGGCUGCCCCCGGGCGUGGUGCGCCUGCCCCGUGGGCCGGACGGCACCCGCGGCUUCCACAGUGCCUCAGUGGGACAGAGGGGCGUCGCUGCAACCACCCAGACCUGAUAGACUCUCACAGUGCCCCCCUGUAUCCCCAUCCCCCAGUCACUUUACAGUUCUGUCGAGAUCGCUGAUGCUUCCCCCCCACCACCCAGCUCCACCCCUUUCUCACUGGAACGAUGAACAUUGUUUGAAUGCCAGAAUGGAGUUUGGCCUGUCUUUGUAAGAUACCUUUUUUGCUUUUAGUUUUGUUUACAUGGUGAAAUUUUGAAUGUUGGCAAUUCAUUUGAAAGUUAUGCUAGCAACUGUUAAUACUGAGAAAUUUGAUUUCUGAGAAAUCCCCACUUAAGGUUUUGUGUUGGAUUUUUCGUUUUUUUGUCUUUUGUUAGAAGUUGCACGCAGCAACUGAAACAGGUCUCCAUCAGGACUAACAUGGGGUGUGGGUGAGGGUGUAACCAGUUCCCUUAGGUUUUGUUUGAGAACAAUGUGUCUAGAGUCUUCUAUCAUGUGUAUAAGAAUCACAUGAAUUGUCAGUGGAUGUAGAAGUGUAAAUGGUGACUUGCUCCUCCCAAUGCCUUUUUCCUUUGUUCAUAGUGAAUAUUCCAAAAAUUGGCAAACUGAUUUGCUGUCUAAUGUGUGGCCAUAAUCUCCCAUGUGUUUACAUGUUCACAUUUUUCACUGUUACUGUUAAAAAAAAAAAAAACCUUUCCCCUCUUGUAGCAGCUUGGUAGCUAGCUGGAAAUAUACAAGUAUACAAGGGAUUUGUCUGUUGAAAGGAACUGGGGGUUACGGUAUUUCCUGUGUGUGAUGUAAGUGGGAACGGGGGAUGAGAGUGUAGUUUGAAGGCCAGGUUUGGGUCUGAAUGCUUAAUGUUUGCCUCAUCCAAUGAGACACUGUACAUUUCAGUAUAUCUCAUUGUAUAAGUAAAGCACUAAAAUGUCUUCAGAAUUGCCUGAAUUCAUGACUCGGGGGUGCUACUGUGGGUAUAAUGGGUGAACAGCCUGUUUGGAUAGUCAUCAGGGUGUGAAGAGGUGAAAUUGGUGACAUGAUAGUGCUCUACUUUGCCUUUUAAAAUGAGCCAAAAUGUGACAUAGAACUGGACUAUUGCACUUUGUGUCGGUGCAAUGGAACCUGCUGCAUGCCUUAGACUCCGUUACUGGCCUUAUGAAUUGGUCAACAAAUGGGCAGUUAUAAUAAACUGAAGCUUACAAGCAACGAUGCUGCCAUUAACACCUCCCACCACAAAAACCUGACUCUGCCAACUAACGUUCCACUGAAUUGCAUUUCCUGAUUCUUGAGGUUGCAGUAAGUACACCCUUUACAAAAGGGGGAGAGUGGUGGCUUUCAACAUCUUUGGAACUGAUCUCCUGCUUAGGAUCAUCCUGGCUGAGCCGAAAAACACGGAGGCUGCCAGCAGGCUCUCCUGAGCGCUCACUGUUAGUGCAUGGGUGGCAGUCAGAGCCCUGAGGCCUGUGAUUAAACGGAUGAAGUCAAAGUUGGGGCGGUUAAAGGCAUCAUGAAGCAGGAAUAUCUUAAGAACCCAGAGAGCGCUGUGUGGUGCUAGCUGGUAAGGGAAGAGGAUGCGGUAUAUGCUGUAGCCUGCCAGAUUUUAGCUCUCAGUAUCAAAGGCCACAACUUCACACACAACCUGGUAAAGAAACUGAGAGCACAGGGGAGAUGUGGGUGACUUCAAGUAGAUGACAUGUCCUAAAAUAGCCCAAAAUGCAACAAAGGCAUUCCACAGCGGCAUCCAAGCUCUUUAAAAUGUUGCUCGGGCAGUCGCUGCGUGACCGCCCCAGUGCAUCUGUUGGUCAGUGUGCGGCUGUCAGUGCAGCUGUGUGAAAGUAAGCCAGAGGGUGUGAAAAUGUGACUCCGGCCAAUCGUGAGCUGCAGGAAUCUCUCAGCUUCUCACGUUGCCUGACAGGCUUUACCCACUUUUCUGCAAACAUCCAAUGGCCAAUCCUGGUGGGGGGGGGGGCGGGGUCAGCAGAAGCAAGGUUCUGGAAUGGAGCAGGAUUUUACAGUUAUGAUAUUCUUGUUUAUAAACAUCUAAAUACCUCUACUUGAACUGAGUAUCCCAUUAUAAUUUUACCAUUUUAAAGCAGCCCAAGCUGUCACAGUCUCAGUAUAAAGUGCAGAUAUUGGGAAGAGCCAUUAUGGGGGUAAUUCUUUUUCUGUAAAGCAGCUGCCAGUCACUCACUAAAAUCCCUCUUCAGAUGACACUCCAUUAGUAACUAUACAUUUUUAAAUGGUGGUUUAAUUGAGAGAUAGGUUUGUGCAGGGACAGACACCAUGAAAUUACCUUUGGUCUCAGCAUUCUCCCUGGCAGCCUAACAGCGAAGGUUUUUUUUAUUUUCAGAUUUCAGCAUGUACAUCCUUUUGUUCACGUGACACACAUCGCUUCAGUUGGCAAACAGCCUCACACUGCUGCCACAUGAUUUCUUUCUGCAUUCAGUGUUGUGUGGAAGAACGUGCGAGAACCACUGUGUGUGAGCUACGCAGCCACAGAUACCUCACUCCACAGCAAGGUCCCAGUUCAUCACCAAGAUAACCUAAGUGCGAAAAGAUCAUUAGCCUAACUUCAUUGCCUGUCUCAGUCUCUAACUUCAUAAAAGCAUUCUGCUGUGUCACCCUAUGAGUGAGAUUUAUAGUCAAUGCCUUUUAUACCCAUUUUUCAUUCUUCUGGCUUUGCUGGAAAUGAUGUAAAGUCAUUGCACACA